AUGUGGACUAAUGUUUUCAGAAUUGGUGGUCUACAUAAUGUUUCCUGGUUUCAGUUUCUUCCUAGUGAAACUGAGCUGAAUCCUGGCUCUGAUAGAAGAAGGAAGGGUUUCUUACCACUUGGACCAAUUCUUUUGUUGGACCUUGGGAUCCAUCUCAAGGUUUAUACAACCCUGUUGUAUCUGACCAUUAUUCCUCGCCGCUGCUCAGAUGAAAAGAUUAAGCUUUGGCUUUUUCUACCUGGGCGUCACUCAUCAAUAACUGAUAAAGCUCAGUCUGCUGUCUCAAAGCUUAGAGUUGUUGCGUCAGGAAUUUGGGUAGCACCUGGGGACUCUGAAGAGAUAUCAGUUGCCUUCUCACAAUCUUUACGUAAUUGCAUUGAAAGAGCAUUAACCGGACUUUCCUACAUGCGAUUUGGAGAUGUGUUUUCAAAAUUCAGCCCUCAAAGCGAAGAAUAUUUGAGGAGGGGACAGCCUACUGUUGAAUUUAUCUUUGCUGCCACCGAAGAGGCAGUUUUUGUCCAUGUCAUUAUAUCUGCCAAGAAUGUCCGGACACUUUCAAGUGGCGAUGCUGAAAGACUGUUAAAGAGUUCCUUGAAAAACUCAAGUCAUAAGCCUCCAGUGAUUGUUUCUCCUCAUGGUAUGCGGGGCAGCCUCACUGGAUUCUGUCCUAACGACCUUGUCAAGCAAGUCUACUUCAGUUCUGGAAACUUAAGGACUUCGAGUGGAUAUAUUGGUCUCCCUUCUCAUGUUGGUCGUGGGUCCCGUCUGAUAAAUGGCAAUCAUUCAUACGUGGAAGUUACACUUGGUUGCUGCCAAAAUAGAGAUGACAACACAAGUCAAAUGAAUUCGACCUUUGCAGUUAACUUGCCCCAUAAUCAGUGUCCUGAACCUUCUGUUGGGAGUAAAGAUCACCGGAAAGGACAACCAGAUCCUUUAUCAGUGUGUGAAAAAAAGUUCAUAUAUCCAGCUGAGGCAGUGCUUGUGCCGAUCUUACAGUCGUCAUUUGCUAAGUUUUCUUUGAAAAGGGCUGGUGAUUUUGACUUCCUUGGAGCGUCUGGAAAUAAGAGUGAUGGGUUUUAUGAAAAAAGUGGUUACAAUAGCAGUGGUAGUAGCCGUAAUAGCAGCAUUAGUUCAACAAGUAGCGCUUCUAGCGGAAGUGGCUGGAGGAUGACUUCAAGAACUGGUGAUCUUGACGCUGAUGCAGAUUCUUUGACGUGUAGGCAAUCUGGUCUAACUUGUAAUGAUGAUCGCUCAAAAAUGGGUUCAAAGCGGCCGCGAACAGGGAUGGCAGAGUCUUCCGGUCAAGUAGGCAUCGAAAGUGAUCAAAUUGGUUGGGAUUGGGAUGAUGUCGAUGAUGAUGAUGACAGAGAAGGUGGCAUGGAUAUCAGGGCACUUCUUUCAGAGUUUGGAGACUUUGGUGACUUCUUUGAGAAUGAUGCAUUGCCUUUCGGGGAGCCACCGGGAACUGCAGAGUCGCAUGCGCUCAUGAUUCCUCCAGAAUCUGCUGAUGUAGGUUCCAGUCCAGUUGAUAUGAUGGAUGUAUCAGACCAAAUCGUAUUGCCUGUUGGGUUUUCCUCUUUUGAGAGCUUUAAUCCUGUUCCUCCUAUCAUAGAUGAGUGCCUUAUUAAAAGUCAAGAUGUUCCCAACAGCAGUAUCACCUCAGUUCCGUCAAAUCAAAUGUCAAUCUCUUCUACUGGUGAGUUCGAUCAUUUGAUGAAAGCAGAAGCUAUGAUGACCUUUGCCCCUGAGUAUGGAGCUGUAGAAGCACCUAUGAGCGAGAUUUCCUCCACAACGAGUAAUUAUGUUUAUGGAGCCACACCGCCUGCCACUGAUUCUGAUGGAGCAGCUGAUAAGAUUUUGAACGGAUCAAAAGCAUGCAUUGGUAACAACGAUGGCAGAACUUUGUUUAAUUUGAAGAAGCAUUACACUCAAGUGGAGGGUAGAAAGGACCAACUACCUACUCUUAUCAGUGACAACAAUAGUACAAAGGAGGGUGUCUCUCAAUCAAAACAUUCAAAACAUAGUGCUGCUAAUGUUGUUAAGAUUGUGCAGGGGAAAAAGACUGAUGGUAUAUCUGCUGUUGUUAGUGCUUUAUUAUCUUCAAAGACCUUGUUGGCAACAGACGUAGGAAGCGUUAUGUUCCAAGCUUUCAUGUGUAAGAUGCGGCACAUAGCCACUUCUUCAAAGCUUAGUUCACCUGUUAGUCUGACUAGGCUUAGUGGAAACUUUUUUCUGAACCAGCUGCCAAAUGAGCCUAGUACUCUGACAGACAACAUAUCUGCAAGGAAUGAGAUAUAUAAGAAAGAUAUACCUACCAGAAUAGCUGGAGAUUUUGACGGAGGAAUGUUAGAUAGCCACAUGAGUGCACCAGUUGGCAUUGGGAAUUUUUUCGAGCUUGAAUACCUAGAGUGGCAAAAGGCAAUUUAUUCAGCUGGAGGUCCUGAGAUUAAAAAGUGGCCUAUUCAACUUCGACGUUCUGCGCCUUCUGGAAUAGCCUCCAAUAGCAACGGAUCUUCCUUGCAACAGCAGGAUCUGAGUCUGAUUCAAGAGAGAGCCUCAUCAACUAGCACACUCUACAGCUCUCAUUCAAAACCAUCGACCUUUGUGAAAGGCAGUAUGGGGCAAUCUGCUGGAAGAAAGCAGAUAAUGGGUGGGCAAACCAUUUCUGGUACUCCAAGGGGAUUGUUUCAGUGGGUUCACAGCAUCAGUUUUGCUUCUAUUUCACUUGAUCAUUCUCUACAUUUUGUUCUUCCAGCUGAGUUGGUUUCUGCUGGAGGUGGCCAGAGCAGUACUGGUAUGAGUUCAGUUAAUUACAUUGAAGGUUUCACUCCUGUCAAAUCUAUUGGGUCUACUGCUUUCUCUUACAUGAUGAUACCAUCACCCAACAUGCGCUUUCUUCACCCAAGUCCUCUCCAGCUUCCUACAUGUUUAACUGCCGAGUCACCUCCACUUGCUCACCUCCUUCACAGCAAAGGAUGUGCAAUCCCCUUGUCUACCGGAUUUGUUGUUUCAAAAGCUGUGCCUUCCAUGAGAAAAGACUCGAGAAUUAACGUGAAAGAAGAAUGGCCAUCAGUUCUUUCUGUAAGUCUCGUAGACUAUUAUGGUGGUUACGACCAUGCUCAUGACAAAAUUCUUCAAGGAAUCAUGAAGCAGGGAGGAGGGACCAAAGAAACUAGAGAUUUUGAGGUUGAAAGCCAUCUUAUCCUCGAGUCAAUUGCGGCAGAACUCCAUGCUCUAUCAUGGAUGACUGUUAGUCCAGCAUAUCUGGACAGGCGUACGGCAUUGCCAUUUCACUGUGAUAUGGUUCUGAGAUUGAGACGUCUGCUUCAUUUUGCGGACAAAGAACUCUCCAGGCUACCGGAUAAGUCAAGGGUUUAAAACAUAGGUUGAGCAUGCAGAUCACUAAAAUUCUCUAUCAGAAGAUGAGACCAACCUUUCUAUGAACUUCAUCCUGCACCUCCUGAGUAGUCUUGUCAUAUUUAAGGCACAUAGGUUUCUCGGGUUAGUUCACCAGUGCUAUAUGUUAUAAUAAGUAGGAAGAAAUGUUGUAGAUGUAGUAGAUGUAGUCCCGGUUUUGAUUUGGUGCUUAUGAAAUCUGUAAAAAUUAGCAUUUACGGCUUGCUCUACUGGUUCUGAUUCACUUAAAUGCAUAGGUUAGUUUCUUUAUAACCCCUUGUAUUUGUAAUUCAACAUUAUUUAUCAUUCCACUGUAAAUUUAGCAAGAUAUGGGUUUCUCAGGGCAGGCUUAUUUUCUUGUAAAAAUCUUGUACCUUAUACUGAACAUCAUGGUUCUCACUU